GGCGCAAGCUAUCACCCAAUACAAACUACCAUCAUACAUUUAUAUAUCCAGUAUCCUCUAAUUUUUUUUGUUUUUUGUUUUUUAGUUCCUUGCGUUGGUGUUUGCAAGGUAGCAUCGCAGAGGUUUCUGUGGUUUGCGUAGGCGCAGCUGUUUGCAGGUAGUUGUUUUGAGAUCUACGUCAAUAUCGCCUCCCGCUCCUUAAAGUUACCACGUCAGUUGGCGCCAGUGUCUACUGGGCUACACCAUGGACGCCAAGGGAGAUACCAUCAACUUGGACCUUUCUCAGCUCACGGGGGACAUUGUCGCCGCGGUUGACGGAGAACAAGAGCGGAAGCCUGGACUGUUUCCUCCGAGCCCCGCCUUGGCCAAGGAGUGGCUGAGCAGAAAGAAGCAAAGCAUCCGACCGUGGCGCAAGUUUGUCGACUUCAACAAGUUCCAGGUGCCCAAGAGCCUCCCCGACGCCUCCACCCGGGUCGUCAGGAACAUAGAGCACUUUCAGAGCAACUACCUCUUUGUGUUCAUUGGCCUGAUCGUCUACUGCGUGCUAACAUCUCCGUUGCUGCUCAUUGCUAUUGUGGCUGGCUUGGGCGGCGCCUACAUAAUAAGACUCAAGAGUGCAGAGGGAAAGCUCAAGCUGUUCAACCGGGAGCUGACAGUGGUUCAACAGUACUGCCUUGUGGGCAUGAUGUGCUUCCCCAUCUUUUACCUUGCUGGAGCGGGAUCUGCAGUCUUCUGGGUUCUGGGUGCAUCUUUCUUCACGAUAAUGCUGCAUGCCACAACUUACGCCAUCGAGACCAUACCUGAGGAAGACUACACUCUUCAGUUAGAAACGGUCUAAAAGGGCCACCUGUCGAUCCUGGAUGAAUUGGAAUUAAAAACUCCAAUCCUCCCUGUGCCUUUGGUGAAAAAGUUCUGUAAAAUUAUUUUGUAACGUAGCAAUUCUGCAAAAGUUCAAUGAUUAUACUUCUCACGUGCAGAAAACUGUCAUUAGCUUUAGCGUGCAAGUUGUAGUCUUGUUCGUAUCUUACAGCCGAUAUGGAAAGUUUGGGCCAAGAACAGGGAAUUGCACAUAUGCAGUCACUUGUAUGCUUUACUGUCUCAUGAAUUUUAACCUUGUUGUGUACAUAAAAAUAAAUAAAUUUAUUCCCGCUUGUA